AAAAGUCGUUAGGUUGCGCGUUACACCCGGACGUAGUUGUGUGCGACAGUAACGUGGAGAUCUGUUUUCAUUUAGUCAGUAACUCCAAAAUCACUCGUGUUCUUUCAAAUGUCUGCUAAAAGCCAAAUAUGCUCAAUAUGGCUUGGAUCCGAAACUGGAAUAUUAAAAGGGGUGAGUUUAACCAAAAAGCAGGCGUUUAACUUUUGCGAGAUGAGCUGCUUGAGUCGAGAUCAGGAGGUUUGUGUGAUGGCGUGGGGAGACCCUCAAGAAUCAGAGGUGUUAGUGGGCAGUGUGAAUGGCACUGUGAAAACAUUCAGCACAGACAAGGGAAUCUUCACAGCCACCAGAGAGUGUGGAGAUCCUUCACAGGGCAGAUUCACAGGACUGGCUGUCACUGACAGUUCUGUGAUUACAUGUGUGGAGUCAGGACUUCUGAAGGUGUGGAAGGAAGGCAGUACAGAAACAGUUGAGGUAAAUGUUGGAAAUGGAGUAUGCAGAAUGCAGCAGAACCCGUCACAUCGCCAUCGUGUGGCUACAGGGGGUAAAGAGAACCCACUGAAGGUCUGGGAUCUGGAGAGACCAGAUAAGCCAAUAUUCACAGCCAAAAAUGUAGCCCAUGACUGGUUGGAUAUGCGAGUGCCCGUGUGGGUGAGAGACAUUGGCUUCAUCCCAGAUUCAGAUAAAAUAGUCACAUGCACUGGACACCAUCAGGUGCGCGUGUAUGACCCCUCGACGCCUCAGAGAAGGCCGGUGAUGGAGGCUCAGUUUGGAGAGUACCCGCUCACUGCGCUCUCUCUUCCUGCCAGCCAGGGCACAGUGGUCGUGGGCAACACUCACGGGGAGCUCGCCAUCCUUGACCUCCGGAAAGGGCUUGUGCGUGGGUGUCUUAAGGGUCUGGCGGGCGCAGUGCGGGGGCUGCAGUGCCAUCCUUCCCUCCCAUUGGUGGCCUCUUGUGGUUUAGAUCGUUUUCUGAGAGUACACAGCCUGGAGGACCGUUCCUUACAGCACAAGGUAUAUUUGAAGUCACGACUCAAUUGUGUGCUGCUGUCUAGCAGAGAUCUGGAGUCAUCUAGUGCUGAUGUUAGUGGAGAUGUAGAGGAGGUGAAAGCAGAGGAGGAUGAGGUUUGGGAUACCAUGGAAACAGUGAAGGAGAAGACAAAAAAGAGGGCCGUCCAGAAAGACGAAGCAACUGUUACUGGAGUAGAUGGAAAAAAGAAAAGGAAACUAGUGAAAAAGUGAUGUAAAGUGAUUUCUAAUGGACACUGUCAUCAUUUUAUAUACAGUUUGUCAUGGCUUGAGUAAAACUGUAUCAACAGUGGCCAAGAACAAGCUUAAAACACAAGGGGCUGUUUAAUAUGGAUGUAUAAUAAUAGGUGCAGGUCAUUAUUUAGGUCCAUUAAGUGAAUUUAUACAUGCAAUCUUCUGAAAUGUGAUACUGAAAUUGCAUUUUAAAUGUCAAAACUCUGCUUAACUGGAACAAGUGAACCAGUUUAUGUAAAAACGAUUUGUCCCAUUAAUCACUGUAUUUCUGUAUUGAACAGAAUUUAAUGAAGAGGCUGCAUACCAUAAACACAAUCUUUCAGAAA